GGCCUUUUCAAUCCUGAGCCCCAGCUACAAAUGAUGAACCAUGACCAUGGUGCACGGCAGAUGUUAUCGACUAAAUUCCCCUGAAGAAUUUGUUUGCUGCAAGCGCAAAAAUAAUUUUUUAGGUACUCCACAGUUAAUACAUUCGGGUACUUUCGCGUUCCAAAAUAACAGAAUCUAUGUAAUUUUGUUUUGAGAAGUACUUAUAAAGUGCUCUUGAAUAACUAGCUACAUCGAGACAGUGAUUGGCAAGCAUGCUUACGCCGCGGCUGAAGAAGGCCAUUACAGAUGAUCCAAAGAAGCUGGCUAACUUGAUUGACCUCGUGAAUCUUCCUUCUACGCUUCGAGAGUUUCUGGGUCAGUCUCAGAUUUCGCGCCUGGGCUGUUUCAUGCGUGUUUGGUCCUACAUCAAGACCAACAAUCUCCAGGAUCCAAACAACAAAAAUAUGGUCAUCUGUGACGAGAAGUUAAGGAGUAUUCUGUUGGGCAAGCCUCAGAUUGAGCUAGCUGAACUUCCUGAACUGAUCAAACUGCAUUUUCCCAAAAGAGCAAACUAAUUUGUGCGAUUCCAGAUCAAGGAGGAUGGACAACCUGAAGAAAGCUGUCACAGAUGCUCCAAGCAGAGGAAGAGCGACCCAUUUAGUCAUCAGUUUCAUUUCAACUGCCUUUUUCUUUGUUGAAUAGUUAUGUAUGCAGAGACAAAUUGGCUUGUAACUCACACUUUACAGAUCAACCUGUAAUUAUAACUUGCAGCCAAGGUUUCAUGGCAGACUGGCAGUUGUACUUUUGAGUUUUGAUGGACUUUGAAUAGCUAAAAACAAGAAGAAAGGAGGACGCCUCCACCAUCUCUUCUUUUGGUA